CAGCUUUUCAAGAACAUCUUUUGGCUGACAAUCUCAAGGUGGUGUAUGGCUCCUCAUGGCAGAGACAGAGGUGAGGAGAGACCAUCCCAGAAAGCAGGAUGUUGCCAGUGAUUGUGAGACAAAUACAAGAAGCUCAGGGGAACAAUCUUUUGUGGCAAAUAAGUGCCAGUCAGUGACACAUGCUGAUUUUUCUUCCUUGAGACGAUAUCAAAGAGGUAUAACGUAAAGGGAAGAAAAUCAGGUGUAAGCAUCGGCCUUUUAACAAAUUAUUUUAGGUAAUCUCAGGUGGUUUUAAACGACUCCUCUUUCCUAAUGUGUGACAAUUUCAUCAGAACUACUGGCCGCUCAUAAGUCCAAACGGAGAGGAAAGCAGCAUUCAGUGCCUGUUCCUUCAUGAGCCUUGAAGCUUCAAGUCACCGGCUCCAGCUUCAGUGAGUCCGAAGGGCGCCAGGAGGAGAAAUAUGUCCUCACGCGCACCAGGUCCCCAGAUGACCCUGCCCGGGCACUGCAUUCACGCAGCAUCCUCCCGUGACUCUUCCUCUUUCUAGUAACAGCCAGUUUUCUCCUCUGCGCCUCCUCAAAUUCCAUUCAAGAAAAAGCCUGGGCUUUCAGCUACUGCCCCGCUCCAUCUCCGCUCUGGGCGGCCGCCUCCAGGGGGCCGCGGGCGUCUCCUCGCCGCCCGGGGAAUAAGGGCGCACCCCCGUGCCCCCGCGCGCUCCCGUUGCCAUGGGAACGGAACUCGGCCAGGGAGCCCGAGAGAGAGGCUGGAGGCUGCGGCGCGGCAGAGCUCGUGGGAGACGCUAUCGCAAGAUGGCGUCUGCGAGGCAGCGGGAUGCGGAGUGAGCGCGCCCCGCCGGGGACUGUGCGAGACUACUGCUUUCCCCGUCGCCGCCGCCGCCGCCGCCGCCACUGCGGCGCCGCCUCUCCGCCUGCCACUGCGCCGCGGCCAAGCCUCCCGCCUCGCAGCGGCCCCCGCGUCCCGGCCUGCAGCCUCCCCGAGUGCCGGCGCCCCCGGCACGCCCCGUCGGGCACCCCACUCCCUCCGAGGUGUGAGCGCGGUGGGCCGAUGAGGUGAUCCUCAGCCCGCCUGGGAGGAGCGCGUGGACUCGCGGGCGGCGGCGAACGUCUUUACAAUGGCCCUGACCCUGUUUGAUACAGAUGAAUAUAGACCUCCUGUUUGGAAAUCUUACCUAUAUCAGCUGCAACAGGAAGCCCCUCAUCCUCGAAGAAUUACCUGUACUUGUGAGGUAGAAAACAGACCAAAGUAUUAUGGAAGAGAGUUUCAUGGCAUGAUCUCCAGAGAAGCAGCUGACCAGCUCUUGAUUGUGGCUGAGGGGAGCUACCUCAUCCGGGAGAGCCAGCGGCAGCCAGGGACCUACACUUUGGCUUUAAGAUUUGGAAGUCAAACCAGAAACUUCAGGCUCUACUACGAUGGCAAGCACUUUGUUGGGGAGAAACGCUUUGAGUCCAUCCACGAUCUGGUGACUGAUGGCUUGAUUACUCUCUAUAUUGAAACCAAGGCAGCAGAAUACAUUGCCAAGAUGACGAUAAACCCAAUUUAUGAGCACAUAGGAUACACAACCUUAAACAGAGAGCCAGCAUACAAAAAACAUAUGCCAGUCCUGAAAGAGACACAUGAUGAGAGAGAUUCUACAGGCCAGGAUGGGGUGUCAGAGAAAAGGUUGACAUCACUUGUUAGAAGAGCAACUCUGAAAGAAAACGAGCAAAUUCCAAAAUAUGAAAAGAUUCACAAUUUCAAGGUACAUACGUUCAGAGGGCCACACUGGUGUGAAUACUGUGCCAACUUUAUGUGGGGUCUCAUUGCUCAGGGAGUGAAAUGUGCAGAUUGUGGUUUGAAUGUUCAUAAGCAAUGUUCCAAGAUGGUCCCAAAUGACUGUAAGCCAGACUUGAAGCAUGUCAAAAAGGUGUACAGCUGUGACCUUACAACGCUCGUGAAAGCACACACCACUAAGCGGCCGAUGGUGGUAGACAUGUGCAUCAGGGAGAUUGAGUCUAGAGGUCUUAAUUCUGAAGGACUAUACCGAGUGUCAGGAUUUAGUGACCUAAUUGAAGAUGUCAAGAUGGCUUUCGACAGAGAUGGUGAGAAGGCAGAUAUUUCUGUGAACAUGUAUGAAGAUAUCAACAUCAUCACUGGUGCACUUAAACUGUACUUCAGGGAUUUGCCAAUUCCACUCAUUACAUAUGAUGCCUACCCUAAGUUUAUAGAAUCUGCCAAAAUUAUGGAUCCUGAUGAGCAAUUGGAAACCCUUCAUGAAGCACUGAAACUACUGCCACCUGCUCACUGCGAAACCCUCCGAUACCUCAUGGCACAUCUAAAGAGAGUGACCCUCCAUGAAAAGGAGAAUCUUAUGAAUGCAGAGAACCUUGGAAUCGUCUUUGGACCAACCCUUAUGAGAUCUCCAGAACUAGACGCCAUGGCUGCAUUGAAUGAUAUACGGUAUCAGAGACUGGUGGUGGAGCUGCUUAUCAAAAACGAAGACAUUUUAUUUUAAAUUUUUAAUUUGAGGGGAAAAGAAAUGUUUUACAGAUGAAGGAAUGUUUUAUAGUAAUUUAAUUGGCUCCUAUAGCUGCAUUAUUUCUUGAUUAGAGGUUUGGGCAUAUAACCAGAUUUAAAAUGAAGGAACUUUCUGUUGUUUUUGUAGCGCCGCUCAGCUGUCUUGUAAAACAGUGAACACACGCUUUCCGGUUCUAGUAAUCCUGGGUGUUUAUCAUGUUCAGAGACACUCAAGCUAUUGCAUGAUUAGCCCCCUAUCUGGCAAGGAAACCCCAUACAGAAGAAACAACAAACCUGCACCUGCACCGCCUCUGCGUCCUGGGUAGCCUGUGGUUGUAAUCCAGCAUGUUUCACAGAGUAAGCCUGUUGUGACUUUGCUUUUGGGGUCUAUGUCAUUGGUUUCUGAUGCUUGUAUAAACAUGCACACACAAAUGGAUAAAACAGCACCUCCCUGGCUGUUGCAUUACCAUAGACCAUAUCAUAUGACUAUGUUUUGCAAAUGAUUUCUGGUUUCUCUUAGUUCUUCUCUAACAUAGUACUUUCUUUCCAGCAAAAUCAAAAUGUGUUUUCAGAUUUGUUACUUUAGUAAGUUAUUCAUACCAAUAAAAAAUGUACAACACAGCAUUUUCUGUUAAAUUAUUAUUGGUUUUUAGUUGUAAUUUUGUAUUUUUUCUGGCAUGCAUUUAAUUUAUUAAAUUGGCUUUUAGAAAU